AUGAACAACGGGACACCACCGGGGGACGCCCCCAACAACAACAAGCGCCACCCCGCCCUGGCGCCCUUCUUGCCGAAGUCGCUCAUCACCAAGAAGAUUCCCGCGCCUCAUCCAGAAGACGUUGAGAGGACUAGGAAAGCGGCGGCGGACGAUGCGAAGAAGGGAGAGCUGUGCAUCAUCUGCCUAGAAGCCCUGCCUGACAUCGAAAGAGGCAUCAUCGCUUGCGGGCACACCUUCUGCUUCGGGUGCAUCCACGAUUGGGCGUCCAACAGAGGGGACAGCGCCCUCUGCCCAAGCUGCCGCUUCCCUUUCAACAAGAUCAAGAAGACUCUGUCGCCCAAGGAUAUAGAAAAGGAGAAGCUACGCAACGAGCGCGACAAGAACAGGAAGAACGCCACCAAGAAGCAGCGCAACAGGAUGAGGCGUCGCGCGGCGAGGGUCAAGCAACCCGUCGACAAGAUCUUCGUCAAGGACGUCCGCGUCCGCAAGAUGUCCAAGAAGAAGCAGGCGAUUGAGGAGGCACGCACCGUUCACCCGGAGGCCGCGGGAGGCUCCAUGAACGCGGGCCAGCAGGCCAUGCUCCGGGCCCGCCAGUUGGCCAUCGAGGCUAUGACCGUCGAGCGCCAGGCCGCCCUCACCGCGUCCCGCGCCCGGCGGGAAGCGGAACUGCGGGCGCAGCACCAGGCCACCCUGACGGCCGCCCGCGAGCGGCAACGGCUGGCGCGGGAGGCGUUGGCGGAGGCCCAGGCCAGGCAGGCGGCGGGGACCCGGGCCCGCUUAGUCGCGGCGGUGAAGGCCAGAGCCGAGCAGAGGGGUGCAUCCCCGGGCGUCGUUUCGGAGUGGUGGGACUCCGUGGCCGCUGCUGCCGCCGCCCCCGCCGCCGCCCCCGCCCCCGCCGCCGCCGCCCCCGUCCCCGCCACCGCCGCCGCCGCCCCCGCCGCUGCUCCCCCGUCGGGUGCUGCGGCUACUAGGGGUCCCAGAAUGAGAUAUACCGUGGCAGGGUUCGCGAACAACAGCAUUAUGGGGAGGGGACGAUCCUUCGCCUCUGCCGCCGAGGCGGCGGCUUUUUCCGCCAGCCGCGCCUCUUACGCUGCUGCCGCUGAGCCCGUGAGGUUCUCCAAUUCUAGCAUUUUGCCCAUCAGCACGCCUCGAGGGUUGGCCAUUGCCACCGCGACUGCGGCCAGGUCUGCCGCCGCCGCCGCCGCCGCCGCCGCCGCCGCUGCCGCUGCCGCUGCGGCCCAGGAGGCGGAGCGGCUUCGCGCGCAGAGGAGGGCGACCGAGCGCUCCGGCCGGCUGGGUGAGGAGGAGGAGCAGGAGAGGUCGCAGCAGCGCGAGCAACAGCAGCAGGAGCUCAGCCUCGAGCGGACAAUGGCGGCCGUGAACGCCGCCGCUGCCCGCAGGGCAUUGGCUUCUAUUACGCUGGAAGCGGAGCGGCUUCGGGCGCAGCGGCGGGCGGCCGACCGCUCCCGCCGGCUGGGGGAAGUCGAGGAGGAGGAGAGGUCGCGGCAGCGCGAGCAGCAGCAGGGGGAGGCCCGCCGCGGCGGCGUUAGUAACGAAGCGGCCGCAGCGGCGGCGGCGGAAGUGCCCUCCCGCAUGGACCUGCUUGCGCGGCUGGCGGGGUUGGAGGAGCGCAUGCCCGCCCGGCGCGCCGCCCCCGGCGCGGCGUCUCUGAACUCGUCGGCGUCGCCUUCGAUCUCGGCCACGGCUAGGGUAACGAGGUCGGUGACGAGGAACACGAGGUCGUCGUCAUCGUCAUCGUCCGCGUCCGCGUCCGCGUCCGCGUCCGCGUCCGCCACCGCGACGGAGGUCGUUAGGGCCGCCCCCACGUGGGGUUCUCCCCGUCACCGUGUGUCGGAGGCGGUGGCGACGUGGCUGGCGAACGCCGGAGGCGGUGGCGGUGGUGGGUUCCCGAUGGAACAGGCGGGGGUGGGGGUUACAAGUGGGCAGCGAGGGAACGAGGGUGGUGUCUUUGUGGAGGCCGGCGGGGCACGGGUUCGGAGACACGACGUGCGGCGACACCUCUGCCGGUUGGUUUGCUAA